AUGCGCGCGCGCGCGGCGGCGCUCCAAGAGCGCGCGACGUGGGAGCGCGGUGAGACGUCGACGCGGGCGGACGCGUGGUCGAUGCGCGCGCGAACGUCGAUCGUCGUCGACGCGAUCGAUAGGGCGUGGCGCUACGCGUCGGAGACGAGGGAUGAAGAAGACGUGUGCGCGAGACGGUCGCGUCGGGUGCGAGCGGUGACGUGCGCGACUGUCGGUGGGAUGAUGGUGAUCGGGGCGCUCGCGCGGGGAGGCGGGCGAGACGGGACGGCUCGGUCGACGGGUGUCGCGCGGCUCGGUGCGUCGAACGGCGAGGCGUGGAUCGAUGAUUUGAUCGCUUCCAAGAGGUUGGAUCUGGACGAGUUGGACUGCGGGCCGUGGGCGGAUAAAACGUCGUUCAAGGAUCCGAAUUCGGUGGGCGGUUUAGGAAAGAAGUGGGUCGACGAGUUCGCCCAGGACACGACACCGGGAAGUUACGACAAGUUCUUCGACGGGCAUCGCAAGUAUCCGCUCGCGGAUGCAAAUAUGCAGUCGAAGUCGCGUCAGUCGGAGCAGGCUGACGGGAGGGUCUACGGAAGACACGGGAACGCAAAGAGCACACUCGGGACGCUGCGCUCGUCAGAGACGCCAGAGAUCCGCGAGUCCCCGUUCUCGAGCGCUGAAAACAUCGCUACAUCGACAAGUGCGCCGCGUAACGACGACGCAAUGGACUCCUACGUCGGCGAUCUUCUCAAGAACGUCGGCGACAGGACCAUUGAAGAGAACGGCAAGACGUACGUCGACGCGCCAGAUCUCGGUGGAACGUCAAGGCAAGCCAAAUCUGGAGACGGAUUGAAUAUCGCCGAUUUAUUCGUGAGCGCCGGCAAUGCGAAGGAGUUCGCGAGUGGGAAGGGAGAGCAUGAGUCGAAGUCAAAGUCGAGUUCAAAGCCGUCCUCGCACUCCAAGUUGAAACACUCCGGGGACGAGGAAGAAGAAGAGGACAAGAAGUCGUCUACGGGGAUGCUUCAGAAGUUUUUCUCGAAAAAGGAAAAACCGACGCUCAAAAAGCACGAGGACACAAAGUCGAACAAAAAGACGACGAAGAAGGAUACUUUUGAGUCCAUGACUUUCAACGAGUUGAGCUUCGCAAAGAAGCCUUUAUCGCUCAAGGACCGUUUGGACGAGCACGAACUUCGAAUGAGUGGCCGUCUAAGCAAGUAUCCGGGCAGUUCGUACCCAUCGAACAAGUACCCGUCGAACAAGUACCCAUCGAACAAGUACCCAUCGAACAAGUACCCAUCGAACAAGUACCCAUCGAACAAGUACCCAUCGAACAAGUACCCAUCGAACAGACGCAAGGAUCAGGAUGAAAACGACGAAAACGACGAGGAAGUGUUUUACAAAGCGUCAGAUCUUUUAGAUUUAGGAGAGUAUGAUCAGGCCACUAUCGACGAUUUCAGGUACGGUAGAGGGCUCGUUCCUCGCGAUGGCGGCUCGAAAUCGACUGGUAUCACCGUCAGUACCGAUGUGGACGUGGCUAACUAUCCGAGUGGGGGUAGCAGCUAUCCGGGCGGAAGAACCAGUUACCCAACGGCGAAAACUGGGAAACACAUUGGAGGGGGUGACGACGCACUCGACUUGGACGAGUUCAUGUCCUCGCUCAAGGUUGACUCUGCCGGCGCGCACAAGCACGUUGAAUCCCGGAAGAGACUACAAAAGGAGAAAGUCGACGCAUCGACGAGCAAAUUGAGUACGUCGGAUUGGUCCGGAGACGAGGACUCAACAGAGCCGUCGGUGAAAAAGUCGUCGUUCGCCUCUAAGACGAAGGCGUCCAAACCGAAGCAAGCUAAAGCUCUCAGCACCUCCGAUUGGUCAGAGGAGGUAGAAGACACUCCGCGAUCGUCAACAAAGAGCAAGGUCUCUCCGUCCUCAAAGGACGCGUCGAUGGAUUGGGAUGACGAGUCGGAGGAAUCGGAAGGAGACAAUUCUGGGAGGAAAAUCGGGAAGAUGUCCAAGGCUGACGCGGCGAAGUACCUCUCUAAGGUGAAGGGUCACAAUACUAAGACGCACGCAAAGCUCCGAAAUACCAUCCCGAAGCUCGGUGCGAUGGAAUUGGACGACCUCUACGAUGAAGGCCCUCAGUUUGAUCAAACUGAAGAAGAUGGACACAACAUGCGUCACAGAACGAUAGCCAAAGUCGUCGAAGCUGCCGCCGCAGAGGGGUCACCGAUUGAGGCAAGUCUGGGCCGCAAGCAAUCCACGACGAUUGAGCCGGCAUCGCAUGAUGAAAUCAUGAAAGGUGGGGCGUGGCGCAAGGUUGUCUUCGGAGGCAGGAACGGUCAAACGUAUAGAAAAGUGCGCACGCAAAUAUUUGACGCGCAUCCGGGAAAUCCAAUAGUUUGA